AUGGCCCGCAGUUCAGCUCACAGGAGUUUAAAAAGUUCAAAGACUUAUGAGUUUGAUCAUGUUACAAGCUCUCCCACUUACCCGCAGUCAAAUGGCACGGUGGAAAACGUGGUAAAGACUGCGCAGCGAAUCAUGCUUAAGGCCUUAGCGGCUGGCAGUGACCCUUACUUGGGAUUCCUUGACUUCCGCAACACCCCCACUGAAGGACUAGGAACAUCUCGGCCUACACUUAAUUCCAUCCGCCAAACUGACGUUGACACAUUAAUGAUUCGUACACAAAGUAGGGUUAGGGUUAGAGUUAGGGUUAUAUAUUUAAAUCAAACUGGUAUGCGUCACCAAAUCCUCGGUGGUGUAGGGGUUAGAGUGACACACUCCAGAUCGGAUGCUCCGAGUUCGAAUCCUACUCAUUCUAUCCUGAAUUGUUUUUUUCCUUAAAAAUUGAAGACACUUUGACUUUUGUCAACAUUUCAUCAAGAACUUUCAUAUAAGAAAAGUGAAAUGUCUUGUGAGAGAAGGAUGUCAGUUUGGUGGAUGGAAUCAAGUGACGACCGAACAUCUCCAGCUCGGUGUCUCUUUGGCUGCUGUACCAAAACACUCCUGCCUACUGCUGGCAGACUACUAACACAACCUGAAUUUGACACCACUUCCCAGCUUCUUCAUGCUCAGAAGAACAAACAAGCCUUCUAUUACAACAAUGGCACUAAAGAACUUCGGCCACUUGAACCAGCGAGCACUGUUCGUAUCCAUCCACCCAAGUAUAGUCAUCAAUGGACCCAAGCAACGGUUGACAAACAAGUUGGUGUACAUUCCUACCAAGUAACUAGUGACGACAGAAGGGUGUUUAGCAGGAACCGCCGACACCUGCGUCUCACAGCUGAAGUUCCAAAACAAUCACCUCCUGACAUUGAGGUAUCUAGCUCCGAUCCUGGUCCCCUGCCCUUGACCAAAGCUGAACAAGUACCACCAGUAGCUGAAUCAAUGCCCCAAGAGGUGGUCAAGCCACAAGCAGCUCCAGGCCCUCCACCUGAUGACAUAUCAAGUCCUGAAAGAUGCAGCACCUGGGGAAGACUCCUACGAAGACCAGCUUACUUCAAUGACUAUGCAUGCUGA